UUACAAUUAUAAGUAAAUAUGUCGCGUGUGUUGAUUAAUACGUCUAAAAUAAUGAACCAGACAUCGGAUAACAUGACAUACCGUUCCUCUGCAUCUACCUCUGGUGCCAAUAAUAAUAAUAAUAAUAGUGGUAACACCGAUAGUAGUGAUAACAACAAAAGUGGUCAACAACAAUCAUCGUCGGCGGCCACCAAUACACUAGCGGCCGACGAAAUGAUUGAAAUGCUAAAAAAUUUGGCCGCAGUUAAUGAAAAACUAUAUAAAUGGGAACAAUCGGUAAAAAAGUUGGACACAUAUCCUAAUAAUGAUAUUAAUAAGACAUUGAUGAAAGAUAUUAUGGAUUUCAUCGAUAACGACAAGUCCUCCACACAGGAUAAGGCUAUAUACCUGUACGGACAGUUGGCUCAUAAAUGUCAUCAACAAAAAAAUUAUAUGGGUGCGGCCAAAGCCUACGAAAGGGCGGCCACACUUCGGUUCGAUAGUACAAACCUGAUGAACGAUUCAAAUCUGAAGGACACWAAGACAACCAUCCAGUACUUGGAGUCGGCUAUUGUCAACUACGAUGCCAUACAUAAGUACAGACACGCCGGUACUCUGCACUACCGGUGCAGCAAAAUCUUGCGUCUGAUGAACGCCGCCAGCGAAGAGGUGGCCAAACAUUAUUGUCAGGCACUCGAGUACUUUACAAUGAGGAACCAUGAGGUCAAACAUCGCAAAAGGAUUGAUGGUCUUAAAAUUAGCUGCUAUUCGUCGAGUAAUAUAAAUCAUAAAAGAAAAUGGGAUUCAAGUCAACAACGAUGUUGUCGGGAUAUUGACUUUUUUGUAUCCAAAUAUAGCCGAUUUACUACUACUACUACCGAAUCACAUGAUGARUGUGACUCUAACCGAUCCACUGAUAAUGAGGAUAGCCAAGGAGCACAGGACUAUAUGAUGUCCGGUAGUAAUUGUCCGAAAAGUGGCGGCGACCUGUUUGACAUGAACGCCAUGACRGGAAUYGGUGGUAUCGGUGGCAUCGGCGGUAUCGCUAGUUCGGCGGUCACGACAAUGGCCUCAAACAUAUCGAUUACACAUAACUCAGUCAAUAAUAGUCAAUCGAAACAUCAGUCGACCAAUCGGUGUAUUCAAGAUCGUAUAGAAUCGGCMAAAAAGUUGGUCAAAAAGUUGCACAARUUUUGCCCGUUUUACGAAGUGGCCACCGAUGGCGACGAUGCCGGCCGUGUCUACUGCAAGAUAUGUGAGAGACAUUUGGGCGCCGUUAGCUCGACACUGAAAAAUCAUGUCAACACACAGGAACAUAAACAGGCCGUCGAAGACAGUAUUAGUAUCGGUAAUAGUGGACAAUCAGCGCAACCAUUGAGACAAGCACUGCCAGCAUUACCAGCACCACCACCACCGRUACCGACAGCCAUUCCCAUCCGGGCAAAUGUACCGGCGAUUACGGCAUCAAUGAGGCCAGUCAUCCAUCAACUGGUCCCACAACAACAACAACAACAACAACAACAAACCAAUUCAUUUGAUUUCGAGUCGGCGUUUGACAUGCAAUGGCCGUACCAGUCAUCGGCGGCCAAUGCUAUAGAAUAUUGUCUGACGUCCACUGGUGGUACGGCCGCCGAUAUGGCCAAUAGUUUUACAAAUGCAACCGCUGUUAUCCAAAACCGAACUAUUACUUCGCUAUAAUUAAUUUUUUUUAGUUAAAAUAAAUUAUAAUUUAGUUUAUUAAAAAAAA